UAAGCUGAUAAAUAAGACGUCCGGCCAAGCCAACAACGUAAGAACCAGAGAAGCCCACAGGAGUUCAGACUUCAGAGACGGGGGCAGAGAAACGAUGAGGGCCAUACCGUGCGCCUACUGCAGGCGCAAGUCUCCCCUCCUCGUCUCCUUGCUACUGCUUGUCGCGCUAUGGCAAGGCGGGACGGCGGCCCGAGCUCUCGACUUCACCAGGGCGGAUUUCCCCAGCGACUUCGUCUUCGGCGCCGGCACGUCGGCCUACCAGUACGAGGGGGCGACCGAUGAAGACGGGAGGAGCCCAAGCAUCUGGGACACUUUUACUCAUGCAGGGAAGAUGCCGGACAAGAGCACCGGCGAUUUGGGCGCAGAUGGCUACCACAGAUACAAGGAGGAUGUGGAGUUGAUGUCUGACACUGGGCUGGAGGCGUACCGGUUCUCCAUUUCUUGGUCUAGGCUCAUCCCAAGAGGAAGAGGACCUCUGAACCCGAAAGGCCUGGAGUAUUACAACAACCUGAUAAACGAGCUAACGAAACGAGGAAUCGAGAUACACGUGACUCUGUACCACCUGGAUUUCCCUCAGAUCCUGGAGGACGAGUACCACGGCUGGCUGAGCCCCAGGGUCGUGGCCGACUUCACGGCGUUCGCGGACGCGUGCUUCCGGGAGUUCGGCGACCGGGUGCGGCACUGGACCACCAUGGACGAGCCCAACGUGAUCUCCAUCGCCGCCUACGACAGCGGCGCCUUCCCGCCGUGCCGCUGCUCCGCGCCGUUCGGGAUCAACUGCACCGUCGGGGACUCCACCGUGGAGCCCUACGUCGUGGCGCACCACUCCAUCCUGGCGCACGCCUCCGUCGUCAGGCUCUACCAUCAGAAGUACAGGGCCGCGCAGAAGGGCGUCGUCGGCAUGAACAUCUACAGCUUCUGGAACUAUCCUUUCUCCGACAGCCCCGCCGACGUCGCUGCCACGCAGAGGUCGCUCGACUUCAUGAUCGGCUGGAUCUUGGACCCUUUGGUGUAUGGAGACUACCCUGAGAUCAUGAAGAAGAAAGCUGGGUCCAGGAUUCCGGCCUUCACCGAGGAACAGUCGGAGCUGAUCCGUGGGAGCAUCGAUUUCGUCGGAAUUAACCACUACACGUCGGUGUACGUCAGCGACGGGAAGAGCAGCGCCGACGCCGGCCUCCGGGACUACAACGCCGAUCUCUCUGCCACCUUCAGAUUGUCAAAGAAUGACAGCGGCACUGGUCAGUUUAUCCCUAUCAAUAUGCCGGACGAUCCACAAGGGCUGCAAUGUAUGCUCCAGUACCUCACCGACAAAUACCAGAACAUUCCCAUCUAUGUGCAAGAAAACGGCUAUGGGCAAUUCUUCAACGACUCGGUGAAUGACCAUAACAGAGUGGAGUACUUGAGUGGCUACAUCGGCAGCACACUCACUGCACUCAGGAAUGGAGCCAACGUGAAGGGCUACUUUGUUUGGUCAUUCCUGGAUGUGUUCGAGCUACUCGCGGGCUACUAUUCGCGAUACGGACUGCACUAUGUCGAUUUCAAGGAUCCCGGGCUGCCAAGGCUGCCAAAGCUCUCUGCUAAGUGGUACUCCAAAUUCUUGAGGAGUGAAAUUGGGAUAAACAUAGAGGACAAGGUUAGUUCUGACGCAAGAUCACAUGCUCAGCAAUGAGCUUAGUUAGCAGUCCAUGGAAACGUUCAGGUUGGAGUGACUGAAGAAUCGGGCGAAAGAGAUCAGAGUGUGGACAUGACUUUCCAUGUUCAGUAUACAAAGAAGAAUUUUUAUUCCUCUUCUCAUAGUUGGCCAUGGCUCACUAUUGUGAGCAAUAGGUGUAUACUCUUCACUACAUACUUCAUUUGUAGACUGAGGCUGUAACAUUCUUGUUGGCACGACCCAUUACUGCGAAGGUAAUCACAUACGAAUAAAGUUGUCAAUACUAUAAAUGAUUCUCCAAAAUAAUAUCUUCCUGCUUCUUAAUAAAA